ACUAUUAAAUAAAUGCUAUUUAGUCAUAUUUUAUCUGUAAUGCCUAUAGUGGCCUAAAUAAGAUAAGAAGCUACUCUCAACAUACGGAACUACCUAUAGGUAUAAUACCGUAUAACCGUAUAAUAUAGUAUGCUAACCGCUAUGCGUUGUAUGCGCGUGGUAUGCAAUCAGUUUUUUUAGGGAAUUUAACUCUGGUGUCUGUUCGUGUUAAUAUUUUAACAGUUUUUAUAUUUCAUAAAAACUCGCAUCAUAAACGGUCUUAUCAAUUUCGGAACAUUUACGUUUCUCUCUCUCUUUUUUUAUUUUUAUUAUUUUCAUAUGAUUUGAUCGACCAUUCAAAUCGUAUAGCGCAUUACGAGCGUACCAAACAGUGCAGUUCGACACACCGAUCUAUAGCUGUUGUCCAGAUCAUUGAUGACCGUUCGAAAGAGAUAAUCGAAAUGGAGAGGAAAUAUUAUUUAAUCGUAAUCAUGAACAUAAUUAUAUUUUUGAUCAUCGCGAUCGUACUGCUCGUCGAAGCAUAUUCUUCAAAGACACAUAACAAACACGUGAUACCUAGAUCGGUGUGGCCAGAAGACUUGCCCGAUGGCGACAGGAUCAGAGAGCAAAUGUUCUACAUACCAUUCGGCUACCGACAUGAGAAGGCGCCAAUCAAACGGAUUUUAAUAUACAACCAUCUUAACAGCGAUUUGAAUAGGCCCAAACUCGAACAAGAAGAGUUCGCUGGAUGUCCGGUCAGCCGGUGUUCGUUGACCGUAAAUACGUCUUACGGUCCAGAAGUCGAUGCAGUGCUUUUUAAACACGCUUACACGCGUCCGGAGUUCAAAAGGCCACCACAUCAAAUAUGGAUCCUAUCGCACUCCGAAUCUCCUUUCGGCACGGACGUGUUGAGCGACGCGGACGCGUUCAACUGGACCUCCACGUACCGCAGGGACAGCGACUUGCCGCAGCCUUACGGGUACUUUUGGCAGGACGCGCGAACGGAGCUCAGACCGCGGAUGGCCCAAACGAAUCAUGCGGCGAACAAGACCAAGCUGGUCGCGUGGUUCGUCUCCAACUGCGCCGCGCACAGCAACCGCACGGCCUACGCGGAUGAGCUCGCCAAGCACGUGCCGAUCGACGUGUACGGCGACUGUGGUCCGCUGAAAUGUCCCCGGUCCGCGCAGGACCAAUGCUUCCGGAUGCUGGAAGACGAUUACAAAUUCUACUUGGCGUUCGAGAACGCGCGCUGCCGGCACUACAUUACCGAGAAGUUUUUCGAGAACGCGCUUAGACACAACGUGGUGCCGAUCGUCAUGGGACCGAGUCGCAGCGAUUACGAGUUGGUGGCGCCGAAGCGUUCGUUCAUACACGUGGACGACUUCAAAUCGCCGAAGCUGUUGGCCGAAUACUUGAAGGUUCUCCACGAUAACGACGGUCUGUACAACGAGUACUUCGAAUGGAAGGCCACGGGAACGAUAGUCACCGACACCAAGUAUUACUGUCGACUGUGCGCGAUGCUCCACGACGAGCGACAUUCGCCCAAGCACUACGGAAACAUCAACGAAUGGUGGAUGGGCCCUGGGGUGUGCGAACGUUGACGUUAAAGUUAUCUGUCGGUUCUUAACGAUUUGUUAUUAUUUAUUUUAUAUAUUUUUUAACGUUUACUCUAGGCUUUCCCGUGAAGAUUUACCGAUCGUAGGAAUACUUCCUAUGAUCUGAUUUGAACAUACCAUCUAUUUCUCCGAUUAUAUUUCAAACGUAUGUCUAAUAAUUGGGAAUUUUUUAAAGGAAUCGAAAUCGAUAGUCCAAAUAUUAUCAAUAUAAAUGUAAGAGGAUUCGUUAAGACAACAGUAAAUCCUCAUGGGACACUUGGUACAUAGGUAUCUGAGAUAGGUUCUAGCCGCUUGAAUAAUUAUAAUUAUAUUGAAUAAUUAUAAACGUUAAUAAAUAAUAAUAAAUCAUUCGUGUGGCUUGUAGGUAUAAUUAAUUUUAAUGAAUCGUUAAAAUUUUGUUCGUCUGUUGUUCUGUUGAAAUAAAAUAAAAUCACUCUGACGAAUACGCGUAAACGGUGCGUUUGAUUUCCAAUUUUUAAUACAGUUAAUGCAGGACACGUUUCAGAACGGAUUACUAUUGAUGGAUAUUAUUGUAACUAUAAUUGUAAUUUAAACGGGCUAAAAUCCAAUAAAUGUUGUGUACAUACA